GCAGGGGUAGGAGAGCAGAGUGGUUGGUCCACUUUGAGAUUUGCAAUGGGGACAAUAGAGAUCGUUCUCUGCGUUUUUGUUGGACAUUUUGUCGCUGUUCAAUCAGUAAUGAGCGAGCAGGAUGCCAGAUAUCCUCAGCAUUUUCCAGGAUUUUUUGACAACAUCAUGCCUUUUCCAUUUAAAAGACAUUUUGACUUCCCUCCGUAUGACACCAUCUUCAGCUCAUGGCGAACUCAGGCACCUGACUUUCACAUGCUUGCUGAAUUUCCUCCACUGAUGGGCCUUCCCCAAGUAGAAGUGUUUUGCGAUGAAUCUAAGCUGACUCUACUGGUGGAUAAGAGAUCCAGCGGCGUCAUGCUGACUAGAGAGGAGAUACAGUUGGGUAAUGGCUGCUAUAGCAACAGAGAGCUACCAAACCAAUUUGUCUUCACUUACGGUUUGGAUGAGUGUGGAACUACACGUGUGAUGCAGAAUGGCUUGGCGAUGUUCACCAACUCUCUCCACGUAAAUUUCAAAAAACCUCCCUCCACCGGGUGGCAAGCUCCUUCUACAGUGUACAUCUCCUGCAUCCCAAAGAGGUCCUAUGCCAAUCCAAACUUCUUUGUAUCAACGACACUUGCUGAGAAUGACAAGACCUUGAACAUCAAAGCCAUGAAUCCAUCCUGGACCAGCACUGUGGAGUCUAACAUUUAUAAAAGAGGCCAGGUUGUCAAUCUCCAAGUUUCUGCCACAGCCAGACCUGAGCAGCAGCAGCAGCAGCUUUUCAUCCAGUCCUGUUUUGUCUCUGCGUCUCCUGAUCCUCAGACUAGACCCAGGCAUGCAGUCAUAAUGAAUAAAGGGUGCACAGCUCCUCUGGGUUCUCAUCAUGCUGUUGUAGAAUUUGUGGCUUCUAAAAGAGCUGAUGUGGUUAAUUUUGUUGUGAACACAUCUUAUCUGAUUUCUGAGCUGUAUAUCCACUGUAGUGUCCUCCUCUCAGACCAGGGUGUCACCUCUGGCUCUAAAUUCUGCAACUAUAAUGUGAUCCAGUCAAGAUGGGAGGACCUUGGUGGAACUGCAGAGGUGUGCGAGUGCUGUAGCUCAAAGUGUAAAGGCAAGCACCUUCCUGAAGAUGCCAAGGCCAUUGUCAGCACUGGCCCCUUAGUCAUUGUGGACAAAGAUGUAGAGACGAGCCCUGGGCCUGCUGUCUCUGAACCGCAAGAAACCUCCAGCGCUCCUGUUACCGGCUCCAUGCAGUCUGAUGCCUCUGGUGCAGCAGCUGAGAUUGUUUCUGGUUCUUCUAUACCAAGAAGCAGGCUCUCCUCUCCCCCUCAGGGUGUAGUGGUUGUGAGUCAGGACCCAGCUGCCAGACUGACCCUCUGGCUACCUGGACAGGUGCAAGAUACUGAACACAGUGAGAAUACUGGUUCUGAAUCUGAAGACAACUUGACAGUGCAGGUACAGGCAAGUGACACGGCAUCAAACGACCUUCCUGAGUUGCAACCCUCAACCAAAGAUCAAGAGUCUCUCCUGAAUACACCCACAAACAAAAUCGAAGAUCAAAAUUUAAAUUUUCUUACACUGGUUGAUGGCUGGAUCAUUCCUCCACAGCUGGAAAAAGCAGCUAUUGGAGAUGAAUCCCUAAGAAGAACGUGGAGAUUCGGAUUGUCAGGCACAGAUGCCACACAAGAAGUUGACGUCCCUCUGUUAGAUGACAUCACUAUAAAUGUCCUAAACCAGAAUGAUCUUCACCAAAUGAGAGAAGACCUGGCUCAAAGGCCGAAGGAUGCAGCUGUGACGCUCCAAGAAGGAAUAAAUGACAUUGGACCAGUUAUACGCUCAAAACUUGAGUUUUCCAAAGGAAUGGAUGGGUCACAGAUGCUGAGUUAUGAGGAAGAAAUGGUGAAGCAACAAGAGGGAGAAGGUGUCAUCAGAAGAGCUGGGAUGGCUGGAAUUAAAAAAGGAAUACAGGAGCGUAGACAGAAGGGGCUGCGCUCAACCUUCCUGGAUUUCUUGAGGAGGAUGGACAAAGCAGAAUAAUUGCAGCUUCAUAUGGAUAAUUGCACUGAAUAAACAAAUUGGGCAAUAA